AUGGCCCCCCGCCGCUGUUGCUGUGGCACCCGCCUGCUGCUGCUACGCCUCGUCCUCCUGCUGCUGCAGGGCGCCUCGGCCUCGGCAGGGGCGGCCCCGCCGUGCUCCUCCUCGCCGCCCAGCGUGGACUCGGUGCAGGGGCUGGCCCGGCGCGCCUCCGUGGUGAUCGAGGCUCCCAGCGCGCUGGUGCCGAGCCCCAGCCUGCCCAGCCCGAGCCCGCCGCCCGUCUCCUGGGUGACUCGGGUGCGCGUGCACCAGGUGUGGCCGGCCAAAAGCGGCGGGCUGCGCAAGGACGGGCUGCUGUGGGUGCUGCUGGCCGAGCGCGGCUCCGCCUGCGGGAGCAGCCUCAAGGAAGAGAGCCGCUACAUCUUCUUCAUGGAGCCCGUCGUCGCCUCCAGCGUCAACAACACUGGGGCGCCUUCGCUGCUGCCGCCCUCGCCGCCUUCGCCGCUCUUCCGGGCGUCUUCCCCGCCCCUGGAGACGGGCAGGAGCCUCAAGAAGGAGGUCGGCAGGGCGCUGUGUACCCGGGGAUGUGCUACCCUGUGCCAAAUUACUUCAGAAUGGCUGCAGAAGGGAGCUGUCCACAUUAAACGGUGCUGAUGUUGAGUGAAUGACGUCGGGAUUCCCCAGAACUGGCGGAUAGAUGUCACUGUAAAACAAGGGAAAUACUCUGCGGGGACCUGACAUAUUGGCUGAUAUAAAAGCUGAACAUUUUUCUACAUCAGGUUGUUUUUUUCUUAUGGUGCA